AUGUUUACCUUUAAAUUUCAGGGCAUCUAUGAAGGACUGUGGUUUGAUCAUGGAGGAGAAUGUAGAAUGAAACCAGGACCCAGAAAAUAUGCCUGUGAGCUGACUCUGGACCCCAACACAGCAUACAGAUACCUCUCUCUCUCUGAGGGGAACAGGAAGGUGACACGUGGGGUGCAGCAGCAGCAGUAUCCUGACCACCCAGACAGAUUUGACUUCUACUAUCAGGUGCUGUGUAGAGAGGGUCUGACUGGACGCUGCUACUGGGAGGCUGAGUGGAGUGGUGGUGAGGCUCAUAUAGCAGUGGCAUAUAAAAGCAUCCAGAGGAAAGGAGGGGGUAAGAGCAGGUUUGGACUGAAUGACAAGUCCUGGAGUCUGCAGUGCAGUAGUAACAGUUACACUGCCCAUCACAAUAAUAAGAACACUGACAUACCCGCCCCCUCCCCCCACUCCAGCAGAGUAGGAGUGUACCUGGACUGGCCAGCAGGCACUCUGUCCUUCUACAGCGUCUCCUCUGACACACUCACCCACCUGCACACGUUCCACUCCACAUUCACUCAGCCCCUCUAUCCUGGGUUUUGGGUUGGCUCCUCAGUGUCCCUGUGCCAGAUCACAUGA